UUUUUUCACCUUUGUAUAAAUUUGCCUACAAAAUGAAUCUUCGACGUCUUUUCCAGGACUUCAAUCCAAGGUAGAAUACAAACAACACUUGAAUUUUAAAUAUGACCUCAUGUAAUCGUGGGAUUUUUUUUUGUCAUUUCAGUAAAUUCCUUCUUUUUUUAACUCUCUUCCUCUUUUCGAUAUUACUGGCCUUGCGUUUGGAUGAAACUAUCACGUGGAGUUAUUGGGCGGUUUUUACACCCAUCUGGAUCUGGAAAAUUAUGGUGUUCACCGGCGCUUUCACAGGAAUUUACAUUUGGAUUCGACAUCCAGAGUACAGGUAAAAAUCAGUCGUAGAUAUCACAGAUAGGCCAUGGGGUAAAACUGAUGUAAUUUUGGAAAAACAAAAAGGAAAAAUUUGCUCAGAAAACUGAAUAAUUAGCAAUUGCUUGAUACAAAGUUGAGCAUUAUUUUUAAGACUAAAUAUUUUUUGUGGAUUGAUCAGGUGCAGUCCAUCUGAACUCUUGAGUUUUACAUCUUUAAUAAUCAUUGACAUUAACUGAAAUUUUUCUCCUCUUCCGAUUGGUUCAAAUCCCCCCUGCUAAUUCUUCAUAAGGUACCCCAUCUGAGAUGUGAUAAUUCAAAAUUAUAUGUAACUCCAGUGUUAAGAUGAAUCAUAGGCCAACACAAUGAUUCUUUCACAACAGAUAAUCCAUGUCUAAAAUAUUUUGUUGGAUGUAAAACAAAGACCUUUUGACUUGAAGGAACUAGUACUUAUUUUCUCGCAAAGGCUUCUUAAGAUAAAAAGUGUUGACUUGGUGCAUUGUUUACAUUCUUCCGCUUACCUCAACUUGCCACUACCACCAAUUACGUGGAAAUACUUUCAAAACAAAUCUAAAUCUCUUAUUUCAAGGUGGCCACUAACAAAUGUGUGCAUAUCAGCAGCAAUGAAGAAGAUGUUCACCGUUCCAGCUUAACAUGAAAGGCGACCUUGUUUACCCAUAAUCCCUGCUGAAGGUUCCUCCAUGUCACUCUGUAAUUGAGACAUCUCGCCGCUUUUCCCCACUUCUGACUACUUUUCCCAGCUUCAGGUUCAGAAUCUCAAGAUUUUUGCCUUUCGGAGGUUGGCAAGUCUGUCCAAGGGUGGUAACAAGUCCCCAUUUAAAAAUUCUGGAAAUUCCUGGGGGGAGGGGGGUCAUAAAAAAUCUCCCUGGAAAGGAAAAUCCUCGGGGGCGGGUGCAAAUCAAAGAGUCUUCCGUGGGGUGGAGGGGGUAUGGAUAUUUUCUGGAAUUACACAAUAAUAAUGAAAAUUAGUUAACAGCUCAUUCGUAGAAAGUGCAUUAAAACUUGAAACUCCCCCAGGAUUAAUUAUCAUGGAUAUCAGCAGAUAAACCUUAUAAUAAAUUGUAUUUGCCGUACAUGUAUACUGUAUAUUCCAUUUGUUUUCUUUUGUUGUUGUUGUUUUUAGGGGAGAAGGAGAAAGUCAUGUUGAUUUCAAAGCAAUGAUUAUCUGCCUUGCUUUACAUCUUCUGCUUCUAAUGUUUGAAAUUUUUGUGUGCAUCAACUUGGGAGGAGGACAACAGUUUCCUUGGAGGCUCAUGUUUAUGCCUUUGUAUGUUCUGUCAUCAUUGUCAAUCAUUGCUUGUAUCUGGGGAUUCAGACAUGACAGAUCAGUUGAGGUUUGUUCUUGCAACAAAAUGCCAAAGUUAUUACAUUAAAUGUGUAUUUGACUAAGUAUGUUUGGUCAAGAUGGCUUGGUAUUGGCCAAGCCAAGUUCUUUUUUUAGGCUUUUAUUGACCAAGAUGAAGUCACAGUCAAUAAAACUGCAAAAUAGAACAAUGCCAACAUCAGUGAUUUUUUUACGAAUAGUUAUGGUGAGUCCUGGAACUCAUCUUGUGAAAAAACAUGAGUCCCAGUUCAGAACCAGUGAGUCACAUUUAAAAAGAAAACACAAGAAGGCAUGCUAGGGCCUUUAUGUAACCAGUCAGUUAAUCUGGAGACAGAUGCCAAUAUACACUUAAUGUCAGUUCCCGAGGGAAACAGUUAGUUUUGUUUUCCCGAGAGUCCUGAUGUUUCCCGAGAUGAAGUCGAGGGAAACAUCAGGACUCGAGGGAAAACAAAACUAACUGUUUCCCGAGGGAACUGACAUUAAGUGUUUUGUUAUAUUCCUAGACUUUUACUUCAACAGUGACAAAGAAGUAAAGAACGAAUGGAAACAAUGUCAGUACUUCAAAGGGCACAUUUAAUUCAAAUCUGUAAAUGAAUUACUUAGCACAAAAUAUAUGAACAAGUAGUUUCUGGACUUAAAAGCUCAAUAUUGAGAUAAGCUCAAAGAGAAUCACUUGGAAUUACCUUGAUAAAAGUUUAUAGUAACAGUUGCUCCUGAAAAUGCGCCUGCGUUAAAGUUAACCGUUUCCUGGCUUUGCGAUGCGAAAUUUUGCAUCGUGAUGGGUGAUCUUGGCACUGUGUUUCCGACUAGAGGACAAUCUGCCUCUGCAGUUUGCUCUUGCCUCUCUAAACUUUCAAAACAUGCAGUACUGAGUGAAUGGGAAAUUUCCUUUUGUUUAACCUCAGAAAGGCGCCUUGAAUAAGAGCGAAUGCUGCUCUCAGACUUGUGGCCAGAAACAUGCAUUAUAUGGCGGGCCUCAAAAUUACACUCGUCUAAUAACGAUACGGCAGUUGCCCUAAUACAAUGAUUGGUGUACUGAUAAGACAAUUGUAUUUCCUUUGAAAUGGAACUCAUUAACGUAGCUAGCGUAUUUUUUCCGAGAGGAGCAUUACAAUACCAAACUUCAUCACUUUCGCUAAAACUUUCACGCACCUUCGGCCUUUGCCACAAACACGACAAACUAGGAUUAAGCUUUGAUAAAUACAGUUCAAAAGUUUUUACUGGACAGUACGGACUAUUCGGUCUUUCAUACAUACGGCCUUCACCUGGAGAAUCAUCUGGUUGAUCCUUUCCCCUGUGAUUUUUGUCCAGUUCAUCAAGUGCUUGAUAUACGUACUUCUUACCAGUUGCAUCAGCCUGCACGGCAAACGUCUGUUUUGUAAGAAGACGGAGAUUUUCUCUCCCGCGGCGAAUUAGGUGGAAGAUGAGAUUAAACCAAACCACUUGCUAGAGGGAUUUAGGAUCUGGAGAGGAUGGAUUGUACCAAGACUGAAUUUUUUCUAGAUCUUCCUUUGAUAUCGGCCUGUGGUGAUCAACUCUGCCAAAUCCUUGCCGCUUUGACUCGACAACUGCCGCCUCAUAAACUUGAUUUGAUUUGGAAAACUCGCCGUCAUUAAUGAUGUCAAAAUCUCUUUUCAGUAGAAAGUGCCUUUGCAGACCAAAUCGUAGUCCCAUCAAGGCAGUCUUUUUGUAAUUUUCUCCAUUCUUUUUCCGGGCAUUCGGCCAGAAGUUCGUUAGAAGUUCAUUCAGUUCGUUCUUCAACAUUUUCUCCAGGGACUCUGUGUUUUUCACGGGCUCUUCAGGCGUAACUUCAUUACAGAAUGCUAGAAAAGUAGCAACGGCAUUUUUAGUCGCUCUCCUUGUAUUUUCGGAAUCCUUGGCCUCAACCAGUUGCUGUAUCUCUUCAUUUGUGAGCUGUUUGAAUCGUUUUCUUACAGGUUCAGGCUCCAUAUUUUUUGUUUUGCUGCGUUCAUUCACAAAAGUUAAAAUUCCCACUUUCAAUCAUGCCACUUUGCACCAUGCUUUGAUCACGUGCUGUAAUGUAUCCCGAGCGGGGUACAUUGCGUGAUGUAUCACGAUCGGGAUACAUUUGAUUUUAGUCAAGGCCACGUGACCAGGAAUCAACCAAUGACAGCCCCUGUUUAGUUGAGUGAAAGUCUAGGAAUAUAACAAAACUCUUUAUUACAGUUUACUGAAAUUAAAAUAAAGUCCCUCUAAAUAUUUAAAGCACAAAAAAGACUAAUGUAAAUAUGCAUCUUUAAACAACAGCCACAGAAAUCACAUGAACGGGAUAUUCUACCAGAAAAUCUUCAAGUUGAUCAAUCAUUCUUUGCAUCCUACGGGAUGCAUGCCAUAAAUUAUUAAAAAUUAUUUUUUUGCCUCAUUGGGGAUUUUUAUACGUCUGGGAUGCAGGAGACAGACAGAGGUACAAAAUCAAUGCAAUAGCCAGCCAUAUUGACCAAAUAAACUUGAUCAAUAAAGCAUUUAUCAUAUGGCCAAAAUGAAGAUUGUGUUCUGUUUCCAAAAUGAUUAUGACAUCUUUUCAGGACAUAUUUCUGUUUUGUAGCAAGCAACUCCAAUAUAUACUUUAAACUGUUUUUGUUUUCUUCACUAAUGUGCUUGCCUAAUAACCACUCAGCCUUCCAUGGAAAUACCUGAGUGAAUAGUAUUGUUAUGAUUAUGAUUACUAUUGUUUUAACCGCAGCUGGAUUGGCUCAGUCGGUAGAGUGUUUGACUGUAGAGUGGGAGGUUGUGGACUCAAAAGUCCCUGAGUAUCGGUCCAGCCAGGAAUCGAACCCACAACCUUCUGCUUUAAAAAUGACUGAAAAGUGAAGGUACUUCCUUUGCCCUGCAAGCAGCUAUACCUUCACAUGGAUGACCACAUAAAAUGGCAGUCCCAUCUCCAUUUAAACUAGUGUCCCCAAUUAGUUUUUUUUUUUUCAUGUUAAAUACAGUGACACUCAAAUAAAGUGCAUUUUUUUAUUAUGAAAGAUAUUAUUCAUCGUGGUGUUUUUAUGAUAGACAUGUUUCUGUAUCUUUUGUUUCGCAAUGGUCACUUAUUCAAAUUUGGCACUAUCCCGCGGGUUACCUUUAUCCCUGCUUUUAACAACCCAAUGGGGUGGAUUUACUGAGCGAGACUAACACUGUCUUGUUCUGCUUUUGUCCACAGCUGGAGACAGUGUUUUCUGUGAAUGUUCUUCAAUUCAUUUUUCUUUCUUUAAAGUUGGAUAGAGUCAUUUACUGGUCAUGGGUGGUAAGUGCACAUGUACAGUUGAUGAACAUCUUACUCUAAAACAGUCAACUAGGCUGGGUACAUGCACUGCCUAUUUCGAACUUUACCAACCAUACAGUCAACUGUACUUUUCUUGUCAGGACUACUUAAGCCAUGCCUGCCAAGUUGUCUGUUUUCUGUUGCAUUACUGACACAUUUUUUGAGUGAGAAAAAAAAUCCUUCAGUCAUGCCAGGUCAAGUGUACCCCCAUAAAUGCUGUUAAUGAACCGAUAAUUUGAAAAAUGAAUCUGUUAGUCGAUUUAUAUUAAUUACCACAACCAGUAUCAAGUUGAAAUCUGCAUUCCUGCUUGCGUAAUGAACAGUAAAUUUUUCACGAUAACCUCUCUGUAUUCGGUCAGCUUGAAAAAUCUUUUGAUGGAUUAAAUUUCUUUGAAGACAUUUCCAUCAAAUUCAAGAAAACUGAGCUGGUAGAAAUUUCCUAACUACCUCACGUGUGAAUACCCUAGCAUGCUCAUUAUGCAUGCAGGACUGCAGAGAUGAAUCUGAAAUCUACAACUAUUAACGGAUUCAGCUUACAAAUUAUAAAUUCAUUAAUGGAAUCUUGGCGACAUACACUAGACCUGGCUUGGCUGUAAACCAAGAGCACAGAAUCCUCUAUUCUAUAAAAGCAAACAUAAUUAUAAAUAAUAUUUAAGUAUUACUUGUUUCUUUGAAUUAACAUCAAGUUUGUGUAACUUUGUUUUUUACCUAUUCAUGCCUGAAUUGCCUGUACCAACUUACACGGAUCCUUGCCCAUUGUAAUUUUUAAUGGUCGUAUACCACCUUGACACCAUCCUUGUACAGGGAACAGAGAUCAAUUCAGUCAAACAGACCACAGAAAAAAAUCCAAAGUAGCAUGUUACAGAAAGCAAAGAAAAGUCCCAAGUUGUUCCCUGAAAUAAAUUUAUUCACCAUACUAGUAUAUUAGGCAUAUUUCAGCAACCAUAUCUAAAACUGGUACAGAAAAGGGUACAAAGCCCAUCAUAUUUACAGUUAGGCUGGUGGCAGUCCUGGAACGUGUGUGUUAGACCCAAAAAAAGAGUGCAAACUACUUUUGUGAUAAUGCAUUGGAGAGAUUUAGGGUCAUGUUUAUGGCAGCCAGUAAACAUGAGGAUCAAGUUAAGAAAUUUUCGAAGUAGGAAAUGAGCAGAUACAAACAGCUCAAAACAAUUCUUAUGGAUAGAACUGGUGUGAAUCUACCAAUUUCUGUGUAGUCAUAAUGAACAAUAAAGGGAAAACUUGGUCAUGUGCUACAAACUCACGUCUGCUGUUUGCUGUAAACAUGACUCUAAAUCUCUCUAUUUUUAACUUAUCUUUCUGCAGGUGGUUUUUGUACCAAUGUGGAUUGUUCUCUCCUUGCUUUGCUUGCUAGUAUUAUACUACAUUAUUUGGUCCAUUAUAUUUGUACGGACAGCAGAAGUUCUUCCAGCACAACGCAGAGGACAUGUCAUGGUAGCAGUAGCUUCAGUUCUUCUUGUCAUUCCUCUGCUCACAUUUCAGGUGAUUUAAUUUUUGUCAUCAGCAGGCAAACCUCCAUGUGUGACCACCUCUUGUAAGCUACCACAUACCAUGAGCCAAAACACCUAUUACCAGUAGCCAAAACCGAAAACACCAAAAUUUUCCCAGUGAAAUCAAGCUACAGUUAAAACUUUCAUAAACAGCCACCUCUCAUAAAGUGACCACGACCACUUUUUUUGGAUAAUGGCUUCAGAAUUUUUCAUUGUUUUUAUCCUCCUGUAAGUGAUCUCUUAUAUUAAAGGCAUGGCUUGAUCUCCUAUUGUUAUAUGUGUUAGUCACUACUAAGAAAGUAGAGUAGGGGCAACAUGAAACUGCAUACAAUAAUUAUAUCAUGACUUAGAAAAUGCAUGUAAUGAACUCUCUCCCAAAAUGUAGAUGUGUCCAGGUCUCUUCUAGGAAGAGACGACCUGUGGGUCAAUUCUCAUAAGCGAUCACUGAACCUUCGCAUUUUGGGUGGUCGCUGUAUUAUUUUUCAUUUUACUCAUCUAAACCAAAGGGUGCCUAGGCUGUUGAACAAUCUAUAGCCUCUUUGUUGCCAAAUGUAAGCCUUUUAUGGAACUUAACCACUGGGAUAAAUUGAAUAAAACUUGUACAAACUUGUAUAUAACAAGUGUAGCUAUUGUCUUUGAAAUCUAAAACAUGAGUUAUACUUGUAAAAGUUUUAUUGAGGUUGGUCCCUUGUCUUAAUGGCAAGUGAAGAAUGACAAAUGUCUAGUCUUGGAGCUGCAUUAUUGCCAGUUUUCCUCCUCUAGUUUACUCCAUUUUAAUAGGAAAAGACUAGCUAGCUCUAAGUUGCUUGAUGUCAGGAAUUCUGUUUGUCCUGUUGCCUUUCCUCCUCCCACUGUAAAAACAGGAAGGAGAGAAACCCCUGAAAAAAUGGUUGGAAAUCAUAACAAAACAUAGAAUUCUAACUGUUCAACGUUUCCAGAAAAUCUGGUUGGAAAGCAGAUGGUACCUGACUUUUUUAUUCAUUCCAGAGGAAAGUUUUUCAGUAGCAACAGAACAUGUAAAAUUAAGAUAGUCCUGUUUUUCCAGACAGAAUGUUCCAGAUGAAAAUUCAAGUUCCAUUUCUUCAAGCCAUCUUUGAUACUAGUUUCAGGCUUUUGCAGUGGUUUUUCGGUUUUAAAAUGGAACUGAUUUGUGCAAUUUUGGUAAAUGCAAUUCUGAAACGAAAUUUACCAGAGUCCUGAAUUUUACUGACCAUUUACCCAAUCCAUGAGAAAACUUGUUUGCCCAUGUACACUGUAUUGUAAACAACCAGAGUUUUCUAGUAAUGACAGAUUACUGUUUUGUUUACAGAUUAUCCUUUGUAACAGACUUGAUGGCAUUACACAGUACAAGUUUGUAGGAGUUGUAGCACCUCUUCAGAUAUCCCUGCUUAGUUUACUUGCAACAUCUUUCUACCACAAAGGUGGCAACCACUGUAAGUUUGCCAUAAUAUUUUGUUUUAGUUGAUAGGCAGAAUAAGAUGUGUAUCAGAGCUGUCAUUAAGGGCCACUAACACCUGUUAUGGCUGAGCUCACUUGUUGUUACAGGUGAUCAAUUAAGUAAAAAGCAAAAGGUGGCAGUGUAAAUUUUCGUGAGAUGUUUUCAGGGUGAAUCUUCGUUUGCUACAGCUGCUUCAAAACUUGAUUACAGCCCUGUCUAUAAAAUUCCCAGUUACUAUUUUUUCUGGUAUUCUUUCUUAUUUUAAGAGGCCAGGUUCCAAUUGAGGGGGGGGUGGGUAUGCUGUCACUUUGCUGGUCAUUUCUAAGACUGCCUGUCACCUGGUAGGUUAGAGACAAUGUCGCUGUUGCAUUUUGGCUUGGACGAAAAUGUGGCUGUCGGUAAUAAGCACAAAUUUUUGUGAUACUCAAUUAAUUGGAAUUUAUGGCAGAUAUAGCACUUGGAAAGAAUUGAUUUCUAUCAAACUUUCUCCCCUUAAGGGACUGUUCUUGAACAAUACCAUAGUUAGAAAACACUCCAAAGAAGAUAAUGAAAUGUUUGGAAAUAACAGAAGAGAGUUUGUUAUUUUGCUCGUUAAACAGCCAAAAUGCAAAAAAUGAAUUGUCUCUGUCACAUUUCUUUCUUCCUUUUCUGUCGAUUUGUUAGUGCUUUCUGAGAGGAUUGUUGACAGUUUUCAGGGCCAUGUUACCUGUUGCUUCUACCCCUUGAAAGGCCUCACUUCAAAGCUUAGGCAUUUUUUUUUAAUUUGAUGACUAAACUGCACUAGGAUAUAUAUAUUAUUCUCCAAAGGUCAUGGACUAAAUUGCAACACAUUAAUGUUUUAAAAUACAACAUUUAUGUGGAGAGGUAGUGGGAAAUGUACCAAUAAAAACUUCUACAUUAUUUGGUAUUAUCCAUAUUAACACAAUUCAUUUUUUUAAUAUACAAAAAUGUUCCAGCUCUUGAAAGUUCAAUAUGCAUCUUGCAAUAGGGAGCUUUAUAAGCAAAAAGGACAGUGACGGCAGUGAGAAUGGCAAAAAAAAGCAAUGUUCAGGUUUAAAGUUUAACAACAACUUUUCUUCACCAAAAGAAAAAACAAUUAACAAACAAACAUCAAGAAUUUUUUUUUUUGACAGCUUGGCCAAAAGAAAAACAAACAAACAAAGCAGAAAAACAAGAAUGUUUUACCUUUCUGGGACACCACAACAGCCAACAUUUUGCCUUAAUUACAGCAUACAUUUCUUUGCCAUUGCUGCACAUUGUGAAAUGUCCUUGCUAGUUUUACUCAGUUUUACUCACUCAAAGUUUAUCUUUUCACAGGGUGGUUCGGAAUAAGAAAGGACUUUUGUGAUUUUCUCCUUGGAACAUGUCCCUUUCUACAAGAGUAUGGCAACAUUUCAUGUAAAUUUUCAGAAAGUAUCUUCUUAAGGCCACCUCCUGAGGAAACAGCAGUUGAACCACAGCGCAAGCCUGUAAUGCAUGAGUACCCAGCCAAAUGUGUUGUGCCAGUGGUGUCUAUUGAAAUGCCUGACUAGUGGAAGAAAAUACCGUCAUUAAACAUAUUGUGAAAGAACAGUACAUGUACCCUGUUUUGGAUACAUGAAAUUGGCAACAAAAAAACUGACAGAUCUAUACAGAACAAUGGAGACGUGACUCUAUGAACUAUGUGCAGCUUUCCGUCAUACUUAGAACGGAGUUUGGCAAUCCAUCAUCCAGUCAAAGUUUUACAUAACGGAAGAGGCCCUCAAAAGAUUAAGCAAGAAAGAAACUUUGCAAAGGAGAAAGGUGAUUUGAUUCACACUUCCUCUUGUGAUUGGAGAAGGAGUGAAGGACUAUAUAUGGUCCAAUGCAUAGGAGGAGUUCAGUUGCUCAAAAAACUUCAUCUUUUCAACUUAAAGUUCACUGCUUUUUAACCAGGGGUCAAUUAAAUAAACUUUUACAAGUGUAAGUUACAAGUUCAGAUAAUUCUAAAACAAUGGCCAGUGCUCUUGUAGAUUACGGUGUACACUUCUAAAGGUUUCAUUAAUUGACCCCAGUAUGAUAAAACCAUGAAGGAUGUGAUUAACUCUGACCCAAGAACUCAGGGCACCCUCUAAAGUAAGAACUGACGGAUCAGAAAAUGAAAUUGGUUUUUCUACAGAGUUUUCUCUAGAAAACCUAUCACUGCUGUUCCAACUAAUGGUCAGUACUAUCAGUGAAGGUGUUCUGCAUUAUUAUUGUUCAUCCUUCUAAAGAAGCAUUGACCUGCUAGACACUUGUGAUUUAUAUUUUGCACAAGUUAAAGGAACAGUCAAUUCACAUGAGAAUUAGUAAUUUGUAAAUCUGUGAUUGAAGCAAACCACAUAAGUAGGACUAAUUUCUUUUAGGCUUGCUUCACUUAGUUGCCAACUCAUUCUUGUAGCUCUGUUACAAACAAGGUGUUUCUUAUAAAAGUGGGGUAUUUAUACAAGUUUUGUCUUGACAGGAUAGCAACAUAUUUAUUGGGAAAAAAGUGUACA